UUUUUUUAAGUAAAUGAUCUAUAAGGUUCAUAUUCAUGCUUGUUAUUUCACAUGCAGAUGCAUUGGCGUAAGAGAUCAAUAUGGCUUCUUCCGUGGUUGCUGCAGCAACUGUUCGAGCUGUCAAAGGAAGAAAAAUACUUGCGACGCGAGCUGCGCUUACAUUAACACCAAAUGCAGUGAAAAAGGUUAAAGAAUUAUUAAAAGAUAAAACUGAUUUUAUUGGUCUAAGAGUGAGUGUAAAACAGCGUGGGUGUAAUGGCCUCAGUUACACCCUUGAUUAUGCCAAAGAAAAAUCUAAACUUGACGAGGAGGUUAUUCAAGAUGGUGUUUGCAUUAUGAUAGACAAAAAGGCACAGUUAUCUUUGUUGGGUACAGAAAUGGAUUAUGUAGAAACUAAAUUAAGUUCUGAAUUUAUUUUUAAUAAUCCAAAUAUCAAAGGAACUUGUGGAUGUGGAGAAAGUUUUUCUGUUUAGUCAUUUUACAAACUUAUAGUCAUCCUAGAUUACUUAAUUAUUACAAAUUUUAGUAAAAUGUAACUUCUAAAUAACUUCUAAUUUUACUAAGGAUCCAUCAAUGUGGGCAUAUGAUUUUUAAAUAUAAUUACACUAUAAUUAUCAAAUAAAAAACAUAGUGCAUAAUAGAAAAAUUAUUUAAUCGAAACAAACAUAAAUAACAAUUUAAAAUGAGACAAUUAUUCAACAUUAUGUGGUACAAGAUGUGAAAGAAUUUUUUGUGACAAUUGUAGACAAAUUAAUCGAGAUUUAUAAAAAAGAAAUUUUGAAAUUUA